UAUCUGAUCUGAAUCACGUAAAAAAGCCAAUACUUACGUCCAUAUACGUUGCGAACACAAGAGUAUAUUGGUAUUUUUUAUCAGUGUCGAAAUAUACAUGUGCAUGGCACCGCAUUGAAAGUAUUUAUUUUCUGGGUGACAAAGUACGCUUUUGCAUUUGUUUCGUCGCAAGUACGGGUGGGUACAUCAGAAUGUUCGCGUACUUUUAACGAGUCUGGUCUUGGAGUACCAAAAAGCAACAUAUAAAUAGUACAUAUCAGCACAUUGAGUUGCCGCCUAACCUCGCUUAUUGAUUCGAAGCUACCGUAAUCAAGAAACCGGAAUCUUUUACGGGGCAAUUAUGGGAGUAAGCGAUUUGGAGCGGCAAAUCCAAGAGUUUGGAUAGCACAUUCGGCAAAAGAACUUACGUUGUCCGGUUGAGUAGAAAUGUGCGAAGAACAAGCUUCGCGCGUGAAAACGGUCAAGUUCUGGUACGACUCUUUAUCAACCUGUCGGUAGCGGCACCGAAAGACGAUGAUGUUUCCCCUAGUUUUAGCAAUGGUAUGCUUUUGCGCAUCAGUCUGCUGCAUCGAACACACCGAAAUAUGCCAUUACGUCGUCGACGAUGAUUGCUUGAUGAAAAGCGUCGAAUACGCCGACACCUUCGAUCGCCGCUUGAAACCGUGUACCAUGCAAGAUGUACCAAAAGACAUAGUUUACACUGUCAUGGAAAAUAAUGGGACUGCUAGUCAAGUUCCCCGAUAAACCACACGCAGGUGUCAUUAACGUGGAGUUUGAACCUGCCGACUUGCUGUGCGAGUACAAAAUGGUCCUUUUCACGAGCCCUGCAGCGAAUAAUCCCGAGGAAUGCAAUAGCUAUGCAUUCUAUCCGAAGACGAGCGGCACUGUGAUUCAUAGUUUUGAGAAAAAUUUGUGCCUUACUGAGACGUCAUCUUGUCGUAAAACUCGGCUGAACUUCUUCUACCAAUACGUGUAUACAGGGUGCUACGCUAUUGCAUUUGUGGUCAACGAACAGUACAUUUUCAUGAAGCAGGAAUUCUUGAGAACGGAAUACAACAAAACCGAGAUACCGAAUGCCAUUUACCGAUGCACUUAUCAGUCAACUCAAAAGGACAACGGAUCGAGCUUGGAACUGGUGAGCAUCGCGACGGAUGUUUCGCUGCUUGCCGGACCUGUAGGCUUAAAGUUUGAACUAGUUCCUGCCUCUCCACUCUUCGAGAUCGACGGCGAUACCAAUCACUGCAACAGAGACGAGAGUCCUAUAAUUUCCCACAGGUUCUCCAUGAACGUGAGGAAUAAUUUUUCAGUAGACCAGCCGUGCAGCGUGGCGACCAGCGCUUCAACUACCGGUGAUGAAAUUAAGAACGUGGAAUGUAAGUUCACGAUCGACAAUUCCCCCAUAGGCCGAAGUUAUUGCUUGAUUAUUCGGAUCCUGGAUGCCCGAUGUCAUCGGGGUACCUUGUGGAACCCACCCAAGUCGACCGACAUGACAUUUCCAUGUUCCUGGAAGCAAUAUUGCGAGAAACUUGAACGUAAACUCGCCAUAAUUGAAGAUGUCAAGAAAACAUACGAUCGAAAUUUGGAGAUGCCCAAUAUAAUUUAUUUGGUUCUGAUUGUGAUCGUCGUUUCAGUUGUCAUAGCAGUAUUAAUAUUGACUUUUGUUUUGUAUCGGAGACGCUUAAAAAGAAUUCACAUCAAUUCGCUAAAUAACAAAAACAGACAUUUCGACGAGGACGGAAGUAACAUUCUAGAAUUAAACGGCUCGAAAUCACAGAAAGAGAAGCUCGUUAAAGAAUCUGGUAUUCUUCUGUUGUAUGUCAAAGAAUCAGAGCAGUUUAUGAAUCUUAUGUCAGAGUUCAGAAAAGUUUUGGAGAAGCAUACUGGUUGCGAUGUAUACGAUUGGUGGGCAUUGGAGCAUUGGAACGACGUAGCUUACACAGGAGGUUACGAAUGGAUUACGAAUUUGAUCAGAAAAGAUUAUCGAGUUAUCUGGAUGGACACGCAGAGAUCCCGAACUCUUGCCGCUUUGCCACGCAAAAACGGCUAUGACAAGAUCAAGCCACAGAAAAAUUCACGACAUAAUCAAGAUGCCGUGGAUUUCAGAGACAAUAUUUAUCCAACAAUUGUCGAUUUUACCAAACGGACUAAUCAAAAUUUAGAACAAGAGUAUCAAAGAUAUUUUGUCGUUAGGCUAGAGACUUUUAAAAAUGCAGACAAAACGGAAGAUCCUCUUGCUGAUCUUUCACCUCAUGUAAGAUACUUAAUACCAUGUCACCUCGAUAAGCUAUGUUGUCAAUUAUCGUUAAGUGAACCUUACGAAGAUGAAAUGAACGCCGACAAAUUUCGACUUAGAAAGUAUCUAUCUCAAGAGUCUAUCGUUGGUUUAGAGGAAUAAAUUCUUUUUGUACCAUCUACUAUUAACUUUUAUAUAUUUA